AUGAACUCACUCAGCGGUAUUACAUCAAAACUCAAACACAUCAACAAAGAUGAAGAUACCAUCAAAAAAGCCAAGAUUGAAAAUUGCAUUGGCUCUGUCAAAGUACCCGUCGGAAUUGCUGGUCCUCUGAGCGUCAAGGGUACCGAUGGAACCGAUGGUAUUUUCCAUGCCCCAUUGGCAACCAGUGAAGCUACAUUAGUCGCAAGCUGCUCACGUGGAUGUAAAGUCCUCAAUGCUGGCGGUGGUGUUCAAUUCAAAGUACUCCGAGAGACCAUGACGAGAGGACCUGUUUUCUGGUUCUCUUCACCGGGAGACGCCAUAUCAUUCUACGAUAUGGUACCAAACCUCUUCUCCGAAUUUAGAGACGCUGCACAAUCCACUAGCAAACAUGCCAAGCUCGUCAGGAUUGAACCUCAACUCAUCGGCAGCACUGUUCACGUCAUUUUUGAAUACUACUGUGGAAAUGCCGUGGGCCAGAACAUGGCUACAUUCGCUACGGAGAAAGCAUGUGAUACUUUCGCAGCAUCAGAUAAUGCCCGGGUAGUGAACCUUCAGAAGAUCACUAUUGAGGGCCAGACAUCUGCGGAAAAAUCCCUAUCUUGGAGGAAUAUCCUCCAUUCACGCGGCGUGGCUGUAAUGGCUUGGGGGACGGUCACACCGAAAGCUUGCCAGAAAGUUCUCGGCAUUUCAACUUGGGAUCUUUAUCAGCUUAUCCAGAAUAGCAAGGAAGCUGCUACACGGAGUGGGCAACUGGGCUAUAAUAUCAACCAGGUGAAUGUGAUUGCGGCAAUGUUCGUUGCGUGUGGUCAAGACGCUGGUAGCAUUGCGGAAUCAGCGUGGAGUCACUUGGCCACUGAAUUCAAUGAUGAAACCAAGGAACUGAGUGUAUCGACAUAUCUCCCGAGUCUUCCAGUUGGAACUGUUGGCGGCGGUACCACUUUAGAUACCCAGAGAGAAGCGUUGGAGAUUCUUGGAUGUACUGGCCCAGGAUCCAAACCUCGUUUGGCGGGUCUCAUUGCGUGUUUCUCCCUUGCCCUCGAUAUCAGUACGGUGGCUGCAGUUACCAAUAACACAUUUGCGGCUAGUCAUUACAAGUUUGCAAGAGAUACCCCCGGCCGUGAGACGCAGUCGAAGCUUUGA